GGUAAACCUGAACUUGCCAAAAUCCAAAACAGCAAAAUCAAAGAAAAUGAAGUAAAGAAAAAAGAAAAUAUAAAAAGAACAAACACUCUGUCUUGCUCUCUAACGCCGCCGUAGCCGCCGCCGGAAACCUUCUCUGUUCCGCCGCCGUAGCCAUCACUUUGUUAACCAUCGAGUUCUCGUUGCUUUGGAAAGUUCAGGUGAUCUAUUAGCUUAUUAAACAUAACAAUGGAAUCCAAAUUCUUUCGAUUUCUUAAGAUUGUGGGAGUUGGAUACAAAGCCAGAGCUGAAGCAGAAGGACGACUCUUAUAUCUCAAGUUGGGAUACAGUCACGAAGUUGAGCUCACAGUUCCUCCUGCUGUCCGAGUUUUCUGCUUUAAAAACAAUGUCGUUUGUUGCACCGGAAUUGACAAGCAAAGGGUACACCAGUUUGCUGCUUCUGUACGUAGCUGCAAGCCUCCGGAAGUUUAUAAAGGCAAGGGUAUAAUGUACAUUGACGAAGUGAUUAAAAAGAAACAAGGAAAGAAGUCGAAAUGAUAUGGGCAAGGAAAGAAGUUGUCCCGGCAACAAAUUUGCCUAUUCCAUCAAGUAGAGUACAUUCACUUUUUGGUCUGUAAGCCGAGUUCAGUUUCUGUGGCGGAAAUCAUCACAUUAAUUAAGUUUGAAGAGAUAUUUAAAUAGCAAGGAGGUUAUCUUUAAUGCAAUAAUGAAACUGGUUUUCUGUUCUUACUA